AACUAUUUCCAGUCCGAUUAUAAUCUUCGCCUCUUAAACACUUAAUAAAUUCGUCAAAAUUAACAUAUUUAUUUUUACCAUGCAACCCUUUACUGUUUUCGGGAUGUGGAAAAACUUCAAUUUCCAACUCGUUCAGGAAACCCAUUUUUCCCAAGUGCUGCUAUUUUUGAAAGAAACUUUUUACAAGGAUGAACCCAUAAAAGGUAUCAUGGGAAACAUGACGAAGGACAGGGUGACUGAUCUCGACAAUCGAAUCCUGCCACGAUUAAAGGACGGAAAAACUUUUAUGGCGGUGGACCAGGAGAGUGGAAAGAUCGCUGGUGUCAUGAUAAUUGCUGCCUGCCCAAAAGAUAAGGAUUGGAAUUUACCCCCAGCCCUGUCCCCCAUGACGAGUAAGGUGACCCCUUUCCUUGUCGAGCUGGAGGGCUCGGUCGAUAUGUACAACCGAUACGGGGUCGACACCUACGCAGAUAUAUUUAUUCUCAGUGUUUCCCAAGAUUUUACUGGCCAUGGGUUAGGAACUGAAUUACUCCGCAGAGCGAUUAGUUGGAUAAGCGAGAUGGGUUAUCAAGUUGUGCAAGCGGCAUUUACGAACCCUGCGUCGCGCCGGAUUGGAGAAAAGUUUGGAUUUGUGGAGGUCUCUCGAAGAUAUUUGGUCGACGCGAAGGAUGACAAAGGAAAUAAAACUAUGCCAAAUGCGGAUAAAGAUCAAUAGGCUACGGCGACAGUGCUAGAUUUAAGACAUCGUUGUUAGAAUGGCAAUAAAGAACUUGAAUGAGCGUGGUUUAACAAUUCAU